AUACGUAUACAUAUGUAUAUUUUCUAUACAUUUUCUGAGAAAGGGCUGGAAUUGUUGACUUACACAUUAGUUAGGAAUAUCAUAAUGUAUUUGCGAGCGAUUCUUGGGAGAAGGGCUAUCGAGGUGCGACGGUUGUGCCCACAACUGGGAGCUCUUCGUCAUCGGUUUGUGGAAUGUGGCCGGGAUCAACUGGAAUCCGGGCACUGCUCGGGAACCAUGGCAGACGUGGCCAAGAAAAUCAGGGAGCACAUUGGGGUCGAGGGGGGCUAUCACGCCAUCCCUAAGAGUCGGGAAGGGCUGCUCAAGUUCCAGCCAGAUCCCAGCGACUUGCCGGAGCGCUCCAUGAUAGACUCACAAACGACCGCCAGCAUCCUCCUGGAAUCCGAUGCUCUGAUGCGGGAGCGCUUUGUUUACGGAGGCGGCUUGUUGCGCAUGGGCAGAAUGAUGGAGGAACUAGACCUCCUUGCCGUGUGGAUCUGCCAUCGGCAUGUCUUUCUGCCGAAGCUGCCAAAAGGGAUUCCAUUGCCGUACACUUUCGUCACUCUGCUGGUAGACCAUGGCCAUUUCUUGGUCGAGAAGUUCAAGGCGGAUGUGGAUAUCUCCCUCUCCGGUCACGUUUCUUGGUCAGACGAUAGUUCCAUGGAGAUCACUGCAUAUGUGCGGCAAAACGGUAUGCUCCUGGCGAAGGCCAUUUUUAUGAUAGCCGCUCGCGAUGCUACCAACUCUGGUCCGGCUCCAGUAAAUCCCCUAACCCCGGCCAAUGAGCUGGAAAAAUGCUUUUACCAUGAGGCUUUGGAACGCCAGAAGCGACGUGAGGGUAAAUUGCCCCACUUGGAGACCAAACGGAAGCCUUCGAAGGAGGAGGAGCAGAUCAUGUACGAGGUGUUCACCAGGACCAAGGGCACCGAGGGUCCCACACCCACGGAUAUGACUGCUCUGCCUCCGGAUUGCCGCUGGAUGUCCAAUUGGCACCGCAGAACCUUGCUACAUCCGUUUCCGGAGCACCGCAACGAAGCGAAUACCAUAUUCGGGGGCUUCAUCAUUCGCAACGCCAUCGAGAUAGCGUUCAUAACGGCCUCCCUCUUCUCCAACAACUAUCCCGUGAUUCAGUUCAUAUCGGAUGUUACCUUCAACCAUGACAUUCCCGUCCACAGCUACAUGAAGCUGAAAGCUUACGUGGUCUACACCCAGGAUAAUUACGUCCAGCUAAUGACUGUGGUGGACGCGAUAGAUGGCAAGAGCUUCACGCAGUUCCAUAGCAAUACGCUGCACUUGACCUUUUCGUGCAGACAAAAGGUUCCAGAGGUCCUGCCAAAAAGUUAUUCCGAGGCACUGUGGUAUCUAACAGGUCGUCGAUACUUUCAACGCUUUCUCGAAUCAAUAAAUCGGGACUUGGAGGACUGCGGAUCAUCUCCUCCGGAAAACAUCAACGGAGAGGGAGAAUGCAUUUAGUGAUAGGGAUUAUGAAAUGGGAUCAAUA